AUGUGGGACCGGCUGCGGGGCAGUCGGGCGGCGGGCGGCGGCCGGAGCGCGGCCGCGAUGGCGCAACGCGACGAGAAGGUGCCGGCGGCGGCGGCGGGCGAGAGCGAGCCCGGGGCCGGGGCUGGGGCCGGGGAUGGGGCCGGAGCUGGGGCCGGGGCCGCGGCCGAGCGGGGACAGAGCGGGGCCGCCGCGCCCUUCCAGCCCCCCGAGGGCGGCUUCGGCUGGGUGGUGGUCUUCGCCGCCGCCUGGUGCAACGGCUCCAUCUUCGGCAUCCACAACUCCUUCGGGAUCCUCUACAUGAUGCUGCAGAGCGACCUGGGCGAGGGGGAGAAGGAUCCGGCGCUAGAGUUUAAAACAGCAUGGGUCGGCUCCCUGGCCAUGGGGAUGAUUUUUUUCUGCUCUCCCAUCGUCAGCAUCUUCACCGACCGCAUCGGCUGCAGGACCACGGCGGCCAUGGGCGCCACCAUCGCCUUCAUCGGGCUCCUGUCCAGCUCCUUCACCAAGUCCCUGGAGGUCCGUUAUUUCACAUAUGGGAUCCUCUUUGGCUGUGGCAGCUCCUUCGCCUUCCAGCCCUCGCUGGUCAUCCUCGGCCACUACUUCAAGCGCCGCCUGGGCCUGGCCAACGGCAUCGUGGCCGGGGGCAGCUGCCUCAUCUCCGUGCCGCUCCCCUUCUUCCUCAAGAUGGUCGGGGGUGCCAUUGGGCUGGCACACACUUUCCAAGUACUCAGUGCCUUAAUGCUCAUCCAGAUCUUCUUGUCCAUGACCUACCGGCCCAUCCUGACGCCUUCUUGUGACUCUCAGCACGACGGGCACGACAAGCUGGGCAGCCGGAGCAUGAGGCAGCAGUGCUGGGCCCAGACCCGCAAGUAUUUCAACCUGAGGGUUUUCCGGAGAAAGACCUAUAGGAUUUGGGCCUUUGGGAUCGCUACUGCUGUCCUGGGAUACCUCGUACCUUACAUGAACCUGGUCAAAUAUGUGGAGAAACGAUUUCAGGAAACCAAAAAGGACUGGAUCCUCCUGGUUUGCCUCGGGGCCAUGUCGGGGCUGGGGCGCUUGGUUUCGGGCCGCAUUGGCGACUGCAUUCCUGGGCUGAAGAAGAUUUACCUGCAGGUUGCGUCCUUCAUGCUGUUGGGCCUCCUGUGCAUGAUGAUCCCCCAGUGCCGAGGCUUCGAGGGCGUCAUUGUCAUCUGCCUCUUCCUUGGCCUCUGUGAUGGCUUCUUCACCACCAUCAUGGCCCCCAUUGCCUUCGAGCUGGUGGGGCCCAUGCAGGCGUCCCAGGCCAUAGGGUACCUCAUGGGGCUGAUGGCCGUGCCCAUGACUGCAGGCACGCCCAUUGCAGGAUACCUCAACGAUUAUUUUGGGAAUUACGACGCGGCCUUUUACUUUGCGGGGGUGCCACCCAUCAUCGGCGGUCUGGUGCUCUCCGUGGUGCCGCUGGUCCACCAGAGGAUGCUGAAGAAGCAGCGCCUGGAUUCUGGCAAAGACAAGAUGCUGGUGUCGGAGGCCGUGGUGAACGGGGAGCUGCUGCCAGGCUGCCCAGCCUCCGAGGCACACAUGUGACACCACUCCUGGCUCUCCAGGACACCAGCAGCCUCUCCAUAGCCCCAGCACAGGCCCUUUCCCAGACGGACCGAAAUUCCCAGUGAUCGCAGAUGCACUAUGUUUGUAAAGGAGAAAACACAAACAUUUCUUCUAGUUAAAGGCUUUUAACCAGCAGAAAUGUUCUUUUUUUUUUUUUUUUUUUGGGACAGUUUUGAUUUCAAAGCCACCUUUUGUUUUUUUCCCCCCUAACCGUUUUUGUAAGGAGAACUCUCACCAGGAUUCAAACUUGAUCGAGCUCCCGCUCCUCUCCCGGUUUUCUAUACAUCACGACAGAGGUUUACAGCUAAUAAAUGCCUUUUCCAAGCAGGCCACGGAUGGAACUUGUUGAACCUUGCAGCUGUCCAUCCUCCUCCUCCUCCAGUGUCACUCGGGUGUCACAUCCAAGUGAGACAGCCCCCAUGCCGUCCAGCACCUGGGGCUGUUUUGGAGCCAGAGAUCCGAAGGAGGAAGCGCUGCUUUAGUCUGAUGCACAAAAACCAAAUAAAUGUCAGCGAGUCCCGCUUUCAUCUUCCUCUUUCCUCCUUUCCCGCUGCUCUCCCACACCCCCAGGGAGCUGCAGCUGGGAUGACAGGGAGCUCAGCUGGCUCCAGCCCUCGGAGUCACACGGGAGCACACCCUUCCUGCAAAAUAUGCCUUAAAAACGCGUGGAUGAGACCAGCAGGUCCCUUGGCCA